GUUUCGAAACCAACAAGAGUCCUUCGCUUGCCGCGCGGCGCCGCUCCUCCACCCCCUAGCCAUGUCUCGCUGCUCACUUCUCAAUUCUCUUACCAAAAUUCCAUGGCUUCCCUCUUCAGGCAUCCAUUAACUCGCUCUAUCCCUAAUUCAUUCACUCACUUCAGACUCAGACCCAGACGAACAAUGAGCUCCUCCUCCGCUCAGCGCCUCUUCCAGUUAAAGCUCGAUCCACUCACCGGCAACUCGGAGUGGGUCGUCAUCGACGAAGAAGACCAAGUUUCAGAGAACCCCUCCGAACCCCUUUUGUCUACGACGUCGUAUCUUGACAUGCUCAACGACUCUCGCAGGAACAGAGCCUUUCGCGAAGCCAUUGACAAGACGGUUACCAAAAAUUGCCGUGUUCUUGAUAUUGGUGCUGGAACUGGUUUGUUAUCAAUGAUGGCUGCAAGGGCAAUGGGCUCUGGUGACUCAGUGGCGUGUCCUAGAGCUGAGGGAAUGGUAACAGCAUGUGAGUCUUACCUUCCAAUGGUGAAGUUGAUGCGGAAGGUUCUGCACCUCAAUGGUAUGGGAAGGAAAAUAAAUGUUAUUAACAAACGCUCUGAUGAACUUAAUAUCGGCGUGGAUAUCACUUCACGGGCAGAUGUGCUAGUUAGUGAGAUACUAGACUCAGAGUUGCUGGGGGAAGGGCUUAUACCGACUUUACAACAUGCACAUGACAUGUUAUUAGUGGAAAAUGCAAAAACCGUGCCAUACCGAGCAACUACUUAUGGCCAGCUGGUUGAAAGCAAGUUUUUGUGGAAGCUGCAUGAUUUAUAUGAUAAUGAAGCAAAAGCUUUAGACAAUGUUUGUCUUGUUCCAGCUGGCCAGGAGACUAUUUUAUCCAUCAAGCAGCAACAAUAUGCUAUGCACUGUGAUGCAAUAAAAGAAGAAAUAAAACUGCUGUCAGAACCCUUCAAAAUUUUUGAAUUUGACUUUUCGAAACGGCCAGACAGUCAUGAGGAAACUGAACUACACAUAAAGGCAACUGACAAUGGCAGUGUUCAUGCUGUUGUCUCAUGGUGGAUUCUACAGCUUGAUUGUGAAGGGACGAUCUUUUACUCCACUGCUCCAAAAUGGAUAAGUGUUCCAUUCAACAUAAACAAAUCACAAACACCAUUUUCCAGUGCUGGGGAUUGGUGUGACCAUUGGAAACAAUGUGUUUGGUUCAUUCCAGGGAAAGGUAUAUAUGUGUCCAAACAUGAAGAGGUGCAUUUACAUGCAAUUCAUACUGAUAUUAGCAUCUCCUAUAAUCUCAAGACUCAAUUGUCAAGAACAGAAAUAGGACAGCAUGAUUUAUUUGCUAGAGAUUCUCAACUGAUCCUAUCACCAGAAAGAGUUGCAAUUUAUGGAGACAGUGAAUGGAGGCUUUCCAUGUUGACUGCCAUUAAAAAUACUUUGCAGGGAAAAGUGAUCUCCUUAUGUGUUGUUGCAGAUGACAGUAUUUUCCUGGCAAUUCUCAUUGCUCAUCUUUCAAGAACAUCACAUGUAAUAUCAUUAUUUCCAGGGUUACGAGACAAGGGUACCCAAUAUUUGCAAGCUGUUGCUGAUGUAAAUGGUUUCUCCAUGGAUCGUGUAGAAGUUCUUCAGAACUGGAAAACAUGCUUGACUACGCUAGAUACUCGUCAGAAAAAGGUUGACCUAUUGAUUGGAGAACCUUUCUAUUAUGGAAAUGAACGCAUGCUUCCAUGGCAGAACCUGCGGUUUUGGAAGGAACGGACUAUGCUUAAUUCUGUCCUAUCUGAAGAUGUAGUAAUAAUGCCUUGUAAAGGAAUUCUGAGGGCUUGUGCCAUGUCUCUCCCUGAUCUUUGGAACAGUCGCAGAUGCCUAAACAAGAUUGAGGGUUUGGACCAUUCAGUUGUAAAUGCCACCUUAGGGGCAUGUGGUGAUUUGCCUGAAGCUCAAGAAGGUCCUUGUCUGCCUUAUUUUGUCUGGCAGUGUGGGGAGAUUAAGGAACUCAGUGAAAUACUCACAGUCAUGGAAUUUGAUUUCUCCAAACCGAUAAAUCCUUGUUCUGGGAAAGCCAUGGUUGAAUUUACUGAGACUGGGAUAUGCCAUGGAUUCGUGCUUUGGAUUGAUUGGGUUAUGGAUGCCGAGAACUGCACUGUAUUACCUACUGGGCCAAUCCACAGAUAUUGGAAGCAAGGAGUGAAGCUUCUUUCCAAGCCCAUAUCAGUCGGAUUCCAUGGCUCAGAAAGUACAAGUGGAUGUUUUUCCACAGAAAUUGAAGCAUCCUUUGAUCCAUCCAGUGGGGAACUCAUUGUUAAACAUACUCUGCCAUAAUAUGCAUCAAUCUUCUAGUGCCCAAGCUGAUCGUGUUACUUACACGCCACAAUUACCUCAGCUGCUACCCAUCGCUGCGGCACUGCAGCUGUGCUCUGAUGAGCAAUCUCAUGUGUGCUCAAGUGACUAAUGCGAUUAUUCUGCUUCAGCCUAAAGUGGGGUUCAAUCUUUCUAAUUCAAAUUCAUCCUGUUUUAUUGGGCAGAUUCAUUUGAUGACUUUUGGUGAUUUUGUCAACUUCUGAUUUAACAAUACUAAUGGGAGAAUGAGAUUUCCUUGGAUUCUUUUGAUGUGUGUUA